AUGAACUGGACAGAAAUCCUGCCUACGGUGCUCAAGCUCGCACGCUCCUACGGUAUCUUGAAUUAUCAGCUAUACGAAACAGAGACCGGGCUCGAGAUCUUCAAGAUCCUCGGCGGCUACCUCAACUCGAUGCGCGACGACGCCGUGUACCGGACUGUUCUUCGAAAUGGUCAAGUAUCUGACGAGAGAGUCGCAGACGCCCAACUGCGAGAUCAAAAUGGCGCUGCCGCUGCUGCGUCUGCUGCACACGGGCCCCGUCCACUUCCUCAGCAUGCUCGGCACCGUGUCGGACUCCAGCCUCGCCGUCCAGCUCGCGCAGCUGGUCGACUCGCUCAUCAACCUGCUCAAGCUGGUGCACGAUGCGAAAAUCAGGAAAAUCUUCGUGCUGGCGCUGCUGGCGCUCUAUGCCCCGCCGAUCUUGACGCAGUACUGCGCUCAAGACCCCAGCGUCGACCUGGAGUACCAGCUGCUCAACUCUGGGAGCCAGACGGGCAUAAAUUUGGUGCUCUCGAAAAACUUCAACAGGGUCAUGUUUCUCGUCACACACCUGCUCGAGGAGGUCAACGAGAACGCCGACGGCGACUGCGAAGCGUACCACAAGCCGUCGUCGUACGACGACGACGACCUCACACUGAUCGACUCCGAGCCGGAGGAAAACGAGUACGCGCAGGAGUUCAAGCUGCCUCCGUCCGCAGAGCAGCUGCGCUUCAACGAGCUCGUGUUCAAGCUGGACCCCGUCCACAGAGUCAGCACCAAACAGCUUCUCAAGUACCAGAUGGACCAACUGGCGGGUAUCGACGGGUAUCAGCAAUUAAUUGCGUCGGUGGACAGAGAGACUUUGGAACAGCUGCAGAUGAUGAUGAAUAA